AUGUCUGUAUCCGAGCCCAUUGCUGCUCUGCCACGACAAGCUAAGUUGCACCAAGAGCCGGAGUGUACCACUCCAGAACAAAGACAGCAGAUCGACUCCCUACGUCAUGCAGCACUCACACUGGACGGGAACUGGCCGUUUUCCCGGACCGGGGCACAGCAGCCAGGGCGAGUUUCAGACACUUCAUCCGAGUCCGGGGUUUCUGACUCAGAAACCAUUGCGUGGGCAAACAUACUUGUCUAUGCCCCUGACUACACGCCCGAGUUGCUCACCAUUGCGUUUCGAUUCCCUGCCACCUUAGAUGAAGGAGAGCAAAUGAUCCAGGCAGAGCGCGACCCUGCUCGGGCUCGCAUUUUUCCACAUAUCGUGCCAGCCUUCCCUCAGACACUGCCAGGUGCAGGGGUUUACAUUGCCUGUCCACACUGGCAGCCGGAUCUACAUCUUCUUUUUGUAGAUUCGUUAGGUUGGGACGGACGGCACUUUGCCGUGAAUAUGCCAGCAUAUGUCACACGACAUACGGUGCUGCACAUAAUUGGGAUUGAGUACGACAGCCCUGUGGCAGUCUACAUUGGCGACCAGGAAGACCCAGUCCAGACGCAUGCCGUCCACACUCGGCCAGGUACGACCAUUCUCCUUGUCCCACAUGGGCAGACACCCACCCUCAGCCUCGACGCAGCUACCAUGAUGCAGCGUCCAAGUCUGUGGUCUCAAGACUACGACGUACCACAAGCGCCGCAGACUGCAUACCUUGUAGUCGAAGGUGAUCAGCAGGUACUCUUUACUUACCGUACCACACACCCCACUCGGUAUCGAUCUGACCUAGCAGCAGCUCUGGGGAUACCCAAUCAGCAUCUGGCGCUAGUUCCAGCACAGCCGAGGGUCGUUGACGCCUGCCUUCAAGGGCGCCCCUUCUCGGAGGAUGGCGCAGGUUCCUGGCACCCGCCGGAAUCCUACAUGUUCCAGACCUUGUCGUUUCAGGUCAGGUCUUGCUUGCAGAACUGGACAUUCCCCUUCGGCGCCAGAUCCUCGCCGCCCCACUCCAAGAGCAGACAAAUCACCCAACUCAAGGGCAGACCCACGCAGACGCAAGUGACCCACACGUACAGCGGUCAUCACCACAAGUUGUUCGCCAUCGACGUGCCGCCACGUCUGUACCUACAUGACCUGCUCGCGUUGGCAGGCAACCUUGAUUCGGAACAGAUCGUUGUCUAUCACAACAGCCAGCCCUGGCCGUUGGCCGACAUGCUGCAAGACCCCACUUCGUGGAACCCAGAUGCAGCUGACCAUGUGCGGAGGGGUUCCCUCACCAAAGCACUGAUUGCUGCUACGGUCUUACCGCCAGGUGAGACCUAUGCAUCUCCGCUAGGUAUCAAGAACGUUGCCCAGUGGGACAUGUCUUGGGUUUUUCUUUGGAAGGCCGCCCCGCACGGCCUUUUAGCGGCCCCAUUGAGUUACAAGACGGGGCAGUUUUGGUACUCGAGUACCUCACACGUGCCGAUGCCUAUGGUGUCCACCAGCCACCACCUUCUGGUGGACCGUCCAGCGGGUGCCAACACAGCUACCAGUGCCGCAGGCUACGAUGCAGGUACAGGCCUACAGGACCCCCUCCUACAGCGCUUGCAGCCACCGUCUCCGCCCGAGGACCCCAGCGCCAUAGCUACUUUUGUGACGGCUAUGCAGACAGUUCUGCCUCAUGGAAUUGUAUCGAAGCCGACCAGCUCUUCAGCAGUGCCGCAUUAUGAGGACAUUACCGAUUGGCUCAGGGACGGUCCGACCCUGCUCGAGCAGGCCCUUCAAUGUCAUGACAACAUUGCCAUGCAAAGUGCUGCUACUUUUCUCACUAUUCUGAGUGAGCACUCCACCCCCCCUGCUUUUGUCUCACAGCAGCCAAGCCCUGCGAUUGCAAGCCUCUGUCUUGAGACUGCGCUUCCCCUCACUGACCAUCAGAGGCAAAGCUUGACGCUAACGCACCUUCUGCCACACAGCCAGCUAGGGCAUGCGCCAGAUCCUGCCACUGAUUGGCUGGAUGCAGAUUUCAGAGCAUUACUCAAUGACUCACAUGUCGAGCUCGAAUGCCGCACACUCUUCGUCAACUUCCGAACUUGGUACGACGAAGAUAGGCCCCCAAUCGAUUCCGUGCACAUUUACUCCGAUGGCUCUGCAACGCAGAAUUCUGCGGAUUUCCGACCGGCUGCCUGGGCCUUUUCAGCUUGGGCAAACUGUGGCAGGCGAACCCUCCUCCUAGGGCACUCUUCCUCUCAGACAGCACCAGAAGGAACGCCCUUCCACAUCGGCGAGGCCGAUGAGACGGCUUUAACAGCAGAGCUACUCGGGCUCGCUUGGGCUUUAGCUUGGGCAGCGGAAUUUGGACGUCAUUAUGCACCUGCCAUUCAUUUCGUUUAUGACGCUCUCAGUGCAGGUUUAGGUGCUUUCGGCCAAGCAAGUCUGCCAGACGGACCAUAUAGUCAGCUCGCAAGCCUUGUCGCUUACCUCCGACAAUACUUGGAAGCCUUGACAACCGUUACCCACGGGCACGUGCACAGCCAUAGAGGUCAUCCAGCCAACGAGUUUGUCGAUCAGCUUGCCAAACAUGCAGCUCGAGGACCUGCUGACCAUUGGGACAAGUGCCUACCCACUUGGCUGCCUGCCUUGGCCAAACAUCCCUAUCGUGCCUGGGCAUGGGCUACCCUGCCGCAGCACAAAGACCUUCCUACCCUUUUUGCCUUCGAGUCUGAGGCUUCCCGGCUACAGUCAUUGCCCAAACAUGACAUACAGCCUCCAGCCCUUGCCCAAAAACAUAUCAGCAUGCCACCAGGCGAGGUAAUUUAUCACCUCUGUGCUAUCACCUACAAUGUCCUGACUCUGCGGGAUCCCAGCCAGCAGCAGCUCCGCAGUCUACCGGUUGGGCUCCGCAUGAUAGGCAGAAAAGGCAUCCUGAAGUCCUCGCUUGCAGUGCACAAACCUUGGCUUAUCGGACUCCAAGAGACACGCCUGAAUGAGGCGCAGUCGCAGCAUGAUUCGGACUACUUGAUUUACCAGGCACCGGCCGACGCUGCUGGAGCUGGGGGCUGUGCCCUGUGGAUCUCCCGGCACUUUACUUAUGCCGCGCAAGGGGAACAACGCUUUCAGAUCCAAGCCGCGCAUGUCACCGUCCUUUCCCACAGCCCCAGACACCUAACCGUGUCUAUCACAGCACCGCGCUUGAGAUUGCUCGUUGUUGUCCUGCAUGCUCCCUCAGCUUCCAAUCACCCAGUGCCACAAAUCCAAACCUUCUGGGACACCAGAGCGGACGAAAUCCGUCGACGCCCUGAAGGAGCAGACUACAUUUUGCUCGCUGACAGCAACGCUAGACUUGGCUCCGUAGUUUCGGAUCACAUGUCCGACUUAGAUGCCGAGGAAGAGACAGCAGCUGGCACCCUCUUCCACGAUUUCCUAGUGCAAAUCGAGGGAUAUUUGCCUGCAACUUUUUCUGACUGCCAUUCUGGGGAGUCAGGCACCUGGCGAAUGCCAGACAGUGCGUGGUUCCGUAUAGACUACGUCGUCUUACCACUUUCCUGGAAAGGCCUCCAAACAGCCUCCAGUGUCAUAGUCGAUUUCGAGUCCAUGCAGAAGCGGGACGAUCACCGGCCAGUCAAAGUCUGCAGCACUUUUGCGAGAGCCCUCGCCGGCAGUGCGUACUGGACCAACCGCCCCCGGGCCAUCAGGCCGGAGGCCUCCCUGCGGUGCCAGGCACAUACCAUCACAGCGCUGCAACAAGUCCAACCCACCGAUUGGGAAGUACCUGUUGACGAGCAUUACUCGCAGCUCGUCACUGCAUGGCACCGUGUGGUUAAUUGCCUCCAGGAGCCGGACCGGGAUCAGCCCCAUCAGCCUUACCUCUCCCUUGAGUCCCUUCAGCUAGUAAGGGCCAGGCAGGCCUUCCGGCGCUAUCUUGCGCAGGAACAAUCAGAAAUCAACCGCCGCCUGAAGAUCAUCGUUUUCGCUGCCUUUGUCCAUCUUGGACGGGCCACAACCUUCACUGCCACCGGCCUUGCAGCAGCCAACAACUGGCUUUGGGUAAUGGACUAUAGUGUCGCCACGGCCGUUUCUGCCUUGCACUGGUUAGGCACCCGGCUUAGGACUGCCGUUGCUGCCGAUCGGCGUGCAUACUUGGACUCACUUGUCGCAGCUGCGGCUGCGCGAGAUUUCAAGACACCUCGGGAACUUUACCAGGCAAUUCGCAAGGCAUUUCCCGCUGCGGCGUCAUCGCGCCGCAGCCGUUUCCAACCAUUGCCCAUGCUUGCUACGCAAGAAGGUGAGCCAUUGCCAACGUCCGAGGCCAGGGCCGAAGCUUGGCGUGCCCACUUCUCAGCACAAGAAUCAGGGGUCACCGUCACACCGGAAGAAUAUGUGCAGCACCUUGUUUGUCAAAAGAGUCAGGCCACCCAGGUCCCCUUCAGCCUUGGUGCAUUGCCCACCCUCUGUAAGACUGAGCAAGUCGUCCUCAACAUGCGCCUCAACAAGGCCGCAGGACCCGACAGCCUGACAUGCGAAACCCUCCGUUUGCACACCCCUACCACUACCCGACAACUUUUCCCCGUCAUAGCCAAAACUGUGCUCCGAAUCCAGGAGCCCACCCUUUGGAGAGGCGGGGAGCUUUUUGUGCUGGCGAAGCGUGCUGGCGCAUCCAUGACAUGUGACAGUUUCCGUUCCAUCAUGGUUACCAGUAUUGCUAGCAAGGUCAUGCACAAAUGCUUGCGGGAUGAGCUCAAGCCAGCUCUCCUAGCCAGCCAGCAUCAACUGCAAGGAGGGGUCCGCCCCGGCCUGGGCAUAGAAACACCGAUCUUAGCUGUCAAGACCUAUGCACUACUCUCGGAGGCCGCAAAACAGCCAUGGGCAAUAGGGUUUGUUGACUUGCAGGCUGCCUUUUAUUCGGUAAUUAGGCAAACACUGGUAAGCAAUCCAGAUAGUGAUGCUGGCUAUCUGGAGUUGCUUCACGCCUUGCAAGUGCCUGACUAUGCCCUUCACGAGCUGAAGCAACAUUUGCAGUCCCUUGCCGAAUUGCCGAGGUUGGGUGUGAAUCCUCACACCAUCGCUCUAGUACGGGAUUUGUUCGAGGGUUCAUGGUUCAGAAUGACUAACAACCCAACCCUCACGCAAACUCGACGUGGCUCGCGCCCUGGCGACCCAGCAGCUGACAUCUUGUUCUCGUUCACACUGUCAGCACUCUUCCGCCGGCUGGCCGAGUCCUUGCAACAGCACAACCUCGGCGUCUCUGUACCAAUCCCUGACAGCCGUCCGGAAUGGUCCGGCCAUGCCGAUACGACGACCAUCGGAAACCCGGCAUGGGCAGAUGAUUUCGUUGUCCCCCAAUCUGGGGCCGAUCCCUCCACCUUACUGACCAGAACACAGCUUAGCUUUGGGCUGCUGUACGCUCACACCAACUGCCUAGGCAUGAAAAUCAAAUUUGGGCCAGAAAAGACAGCACUGCUCCUUUCGGAGUCAGCACGUGCCCAGCUGCUCCCCCUGCUGGAUUUGCAGGCGGAUGGUACGGCCUGUAUGCCAUUUCAGGAUCCACGAGAUCUUACUUGGCACAAAGUGCCAGUAAUCCAAGCCUACCGCCAUCUUGGAGGGGUCUUGACCUCUCCGAUUACCCCAGUUCCCGAUUUGCAUUUCCGCUAUUCGCGAGCAGAAGGCACAGCCAGACCCUUGCGCAGAUGCUUCUUCACCUCCCAACGAUUCUCCCUGGCAGUUCGCCGCAACCUUCUCAGGUCACUUGUCAUCUCCAAAUACGUCCACUCGAGUUCGGCUCUCGUACUUCGAUGUGCGACACACAUCAAACUUUGGGAGAGACAAUACAUUGCGUUGUGGCGCAAUCUAUGCAGGCGCAUCGACAAGGAGACGCUGCUCCAUCCUUUCGAAGUCCUUCACCAAGCCGAGGCCCUUACGCCUCCACUUGCCCUAGCCAAGGCCAGAGCGGGUUUUCUGACCAAACUCCUUCAUGAAGGAUCUGAGCUCCUCCUCACCCUUCUAUGUGAUCAUUGGUUGCUACAUCCCUCUUCCUCAUGGCUCGGUCAACUCGAGAUGGAUGUGAACUAUGUCGGGCAGUACGUGCCAGGUUUGAGGGCAGUCCUUGGAGCUCCUUCUAAAGACUCCGGCCCCUCAGAUGCAGUUCCUGCACUCAUCACCGCCAUCAGGGAAAAUCGCAAGUGGUGGCUAUACCAGGUCACAAAAGCAGAACGCAUCCAGACCGAGGAACUUGCGAUCUGUGCCAAAUGCUUGCGCCAAGCGCGGGACAAUCCCACCUUGCCAGCAGCACUGCCUUCCACCUCGGACUGUCUUCCUUUUGCGUGCGAGGUUUGUUCCGCCCGUUUUGCUCUGCGCAAGCACCUUUGCUUGCAUGCAGCCAAGGCGCAUGGACUUCUCAGCCCUGCAAGACAUUAUGCAUUGACCGAUUGGUGUACGGCCUGUCACCGCUAUUAUGCAGGAGUGCGUCAGGUCCAACAACACCUCAAGCACUACCCGCAAUGCCUCAGGCGGUGUGUGGACCUAUAUCCACCACUCGAGCCAUGCCAAAUCCAACAGCUAGAACGGCCUUCCGUGUCGUUGGCUAAGAAAGUCAAAGCAGGCGCAUGGCAGAACUACCAGGGCCGAAUACCGGUCAAGGUCCCUGUCAUUUACGGCCCAUUCCUCCCCACGGCGCAAGAACGUAAGUUCCAAUGUGACGAGGAGGACGAGGACACACUGUUAUCGGAUCUCCGCGCACCAUACACGCCGAAGGCGUCAACGGUGAAGUGGAUUGAGGACUAUUUGGACCAGAAGUCCACAGAAGG